CUCCUCUGUCAGAGCUCAAAGCGCAGAGCUUUUUCGGUCCGGCGGCCACCCGCAUUCCGUGACAGUUGCUCGUCCUCUUCCUCUCCGCUUGUUCGCCUCCCCAACCCACUCACGCUUUCCGCUGCCCGUUUCCAAGUCUGCGACCCGCCGGAUCGCGCCCACCCUCUCCGCUACUCGGAGGCGAUGCAGGUCGGCGGCGCUGGCGCCGGCGCCGGAGGAGGGGACGCGGCGGACAUCCGGGGCCGCCACCGGAUCCAAGCCGAGCUCAAGAAGCUUGAGCAGGAAGCGCGCUUCCUCGAGGAGGAACUUGAAGAGCUUGAGAAAACGGAUAAGGUAUCAUCGGCAUUGCAAGAGUUUCUAACGGCGAUGGAAAGCAAAGCUGACCCUCUACUUCCUGUAACUACAGGACCUGUGAAUCAGUCCUGGGAUAGGUGGUUUGAAGGACCACAAGAUCUGCGCAGAUGCAAAUGCUGGUUUUUGUGAUCCUUGGCAAUAAUCUCAAGUGAAACUCCAAGAGGGAAUUGUUGCUACGAUUGAGGUGUAUAUCGAGUCUCCCCCAGCAUAGAGGGCAAUUUGAGGCGAGCGGUAGCUCCUUUUCUCGAGGAUCCUAAAUGACACCGCAAGCUGUGUUGAAGGAUUAGAUUCAAGGAAUGACCUGGGAACAGAACUCUGGAAUAGAGAAUCUGGCAUUUCGUGAGUACUGAAACUUUGUUCUGUCACGUUCCCUGUACUAAAUUCUGUUGGUUGGUAGUCUAUUCUGUUUGGUCUUUACUCGAAUGCCUCAGAGAUUGCAUCUAACUUCUCUGUGAUCCUUAUAUCAUUCAGUCUUCAAUUAUUCUACCUUGCUGUUGGAAA